GUGUGAGGGGGGUGAUUGUGUUUUGUGUUAUUUUAUUUUAACGGUUUGUUAUUAAAAACGCGCUAGAAUUCGUUGCUACUUUGUGAACAUUUGUGACUUAGUUGAUGUGGAAAGGGUGGCUCGUGCAAAAUGACGACGCAACCGGAGGUCGGGGUUUCCGACUUUGUUCUGCUGGACAAUUUGACUGCGGACAACUUUAUCGAAAAUUUGCAUUUGAGAUUCCAACACAACAAAAUCUACACAUACAUCGGUGAGGUGCUGGUGUCCGUGAACCCGUACAAGACGCUGGACAUCUAUGGGCAGCAGCACAUGGCGCAGUACCGGGGGCGGGAGAUGUUCGAGGUGCCUCCACACGUGUACGCCGUGGCCGACGCCUGCCAGAGGGUGUUGCGGCAACAGGGGAGAGACACAUGCGUCCUCAUAUCCGGCGAGUCCGGUUCGGGGAAGACGGAAGCCUCCAAGUUUAUCAUGAAGUACAUUGCUGCCAACACCAUGCAGGUUCACAGGGAGUACAUUGACAGAGUAAAAAACGUCCUCAUACAGUCAAACUCAAUCCUCGAAACUUUCGGCAACGCGAAGACGAACAGAAACGACAAUUCCUCUCGUUUCGGCAAGUACAUGGACAUCCACUUUGACUACAAAGGCGAUCCCAUGGGCGGACACAUCAGCAACUAUCUGCUGGAGAAGAGCAGGGUUGUCAGCUUGCAGCCUGGGGAGAGGAACUUCCACUCUUUCUAUCAGCUCCUCAGCACAAACAACCCACACACGAAAAAGUAUGGAUUGAGUACGAGCUCAGUGUACAAGAUAUUAGGAAACGAGCGUUCGACAGCACAGGAUUCUAAGCUCUUCAGUCUUACGAAUAGCGCCUUUAAUGCCUUGGGCUUCUCCUCGUCCGUUGUUAAUGAUAUUUGGAGUAUAGUGUCUGGAGUCAUUUUAUUGGGUGAACUCACCUUCACAGAAUCGGCGAAUGGCCUAUCAAUUGGUGGCCCCGUCAAAGAAUGCGUCAGCGCCCUGGGAAUAACUCAAGACGCCCUGAAAUCCGCCAUGGCGGGCAGGAUCCUCUCCGCGGGCGGCGACCUGGUGAGCAAGGAGCACAGCCUGUCUGACUCCAACUACACGCGCCUGGCGCUGGCCAAGGCUGCCUAUGACAGACUCUUCACGUGGAUUGUCGAACAGAUCAACAAAGCCAUAGAGUCACCUCAGAACACAUACCGCAGUUCCUUGAUCGGCGUGCUGGACAUCUACGGCUUCGAGAUCUUCGACACCAACAGCUUCGAGCAGUUCUGCAUCAAUUACUGCAAUGAGAAGCUGCAGCAACUGUUCAUCGAGUUGGUGCUAAAGCAAGAGCAGGAGGAAUACGCCCGCGAAGGCAUCCAGUGGACUCCGGUGCAGUACUUCAACAACCGCGUCAUCUGCGAGCUGGUGGACGCGCCGCACCAGGGCAUCAUCGCCAUCAUGGAUGAAGCCUGCCUCAACCCUACCAAGAUAUCAGACACACAGUUGCUAGAAGCCAUGGACAAACGGUUAAACGGACACAAGCACUACACCUCCCGACAGUUGUCACCUACGGACAAGAAACUAAAGCACGGAGUUGAUUUCCGAAUAACACAUUAUGCAGGUGACGUCACAUACGCGAUCACAGGGUUUAUGGACAAGAACAAGGACUCGUUAUGGCAGGACCUGAAGAGGUUGCUGCACGCUUCUCGCAACGCCUCGCUAGCCGCCAUGUGGCCUGAAGGCGGUGCGCAUAUACAGAAGACGUCGAAGCGGCCUCCGUCGGCAGCGACGCUGUUCCGCAACUCGAUGUCGUCGCUGGCGGCGGGGCUGGCGAGCAAGGAGCCGUUCUACGUGCGCUGCGUCAAGCCCAACCCCAUGCAGACGCCCACGCACUGGGACGAGCAGCUCGUACGGCACCAAGUAGCAUACUUGGGUCUAGUAGAGAACGUCCGAGUGCGGCGAGCAGGGUUCGCGUCACGACAACGAUACGACCGGUUCCUGAAACGCUAUAAGAUGCUGUCGCAAUACACGUGGCCCAACUUCCGCGGCAACAGCGACAAAGACGCCGUCAUGGUGCUGCUGAGGGACCUGCAAGUUACUGACGUGCAGUUUGGACACACGAAACUGUUCAUCAGGAGCGCGCGAACAGUGCACAGCCUGGAGGCGGCGCGCGCGGACCUCAUACCGUCCAUCGUGGUGCUGUUGCAGAAGCUGUGGCGAGGCACCGUCGCCAGGAUGAGGUACAAGAAGAUGAAAGCGGCGCUCGUCAUCUUCAACGCUUGGAAACGAUACCGCUUCCGCCGCUACAUAGGCGAACUCCAAACGGAGCUGCAAAGAAACCGUGGCCUCAUCAAGCGCUGGCCGCCCGCACCGCGCCGCGUGGCCGUGGCCCUCCUCCAGGGCGCCUACCGCCGCUGGCGCGCCUACCUCACGCUCAAGCCCAUCCCGCGCGAGCAGUGGCCCCAACUCAAGCUCAAGAUAUCCGCUGCUAGCGUGCUGAAGUCCAGGCGGAGUCAAUGGGGUGCGGCUAGGAUAUGGAAGGGAGACUAUCUGGCUAUCAACUCCUAUAAUGACAAAGCUGCAAGCUACCAAUCCGCCAUGUCCAGCCUCCACCGCUCACAGAACGUGGGCAAGGCGCUUUUCUCGUGCCGGGUACACAAGUUCAACCGAUACAACAAGCUGGCGGAGCGGUGCCUGCUCAUCACCGACACGGCUAUAUACAAGCUGGACGCGAGCUCCUUCAAGCCGCUGAAAAAACCCACGCCCAUCACUGAGGUGGGAGCAGUGAGAGUGAUGAGCAGUGAAGCGCAGUUGGUAGUGAUCAGCGUGCCGUCCGCGCGGAACGACCUCGUGGUCGGGCUGGUGUCGGCGCGACCCGACCCGCCCGGCGCCUCGCCCGACUUGGUCGGCGAGCUGGUCGGCGUGUUGGCGCAUAGAUACCACUUACUAACAGGCUCAGAGCUGACAGUGGAGGUAGAGAGCGGUGCGACCACGCGCUGCACGCUCGGCGGCAAGAACAAGGCGCUGCAGCUGCCGGCCGCCUCGCCCGCCGCCUCGCCCGCCUCGCCCGCCGCCUCGCCCGAGGCUCCGCCCUUCACGCACGCGCACAACGUCAUCACAUACCACCCCGCCUCCGCUAUGGCGUAGAGGACAUCCCGAAGCGAGAACUGUUCUUUUUUUGUAAGUUAAAAAAAAGUUCGACGCUCGCUUCGCUUGCGCUGUUUUACUCCAAUAUGUCAUUGUUUCUUACAUUUUUUUUUGCACAUAGAAUGAUAAAUAGAAGAAAAGAAACUUAGAAACUUGAGGAAACUUAUAAAUAGAAAGAUUUUUAUUCAAAUGAACUUUUAAAUGGUUUUGAAUCUAAACUGAUCAGAAUGCCCCACUACGUAUAAGAACAAGAAACUCGCCGGUUGCUCUUUUCAAAGAUUCGAUUCACAAUAUUUAAAAAGUGCUAUCGCUGAGUUUCUUGAUUAAUAAUAAUUAAUUAAAAACCCCAUUCUUUGAUAUUUAUAGCAAAAUAUUUAAAAUAGAUAAAGCUACAUUUAAUUUAUGAAAAAAAUUAAGCAAUGAAAUUUAAAAUAUUUUUAACCGACUUCUUAAAAGGAGGAGGUUUUUUUGUUAAUAACGAUACCACCUAUGAUUUUUGUGAUAUGUAUAAGUAUAUCCCCGAUUUCAAGUCCCUUUGUUAUGGUGUAUUCAGACUUUAUAACAUAACAUUUUAUAAAAAAAAAACAAGAGCUUAUAACAUUUUAAUUAGUGUGUAAUUAAUAAUCCGUAUAAAAAUACACAUUUUGAACGUGUUAUACAUCAAAUGUUGUAUAACAAUGUUAUGUUAAAUUAUCUGGAUGCGCAGUUGAACUGUAUCUAACUGUAACGUCUGAUUGUAGUUUCAGUAAACGCACAUAUAUUAUAUUAUAUAGAAAAUAUUAUGCAAGUAAAUAAUAAUUGAAAAAUCGUCAAAGUUUUUACUAACAAUUUUUUUAUUGCUUAUGUUUCAUCAAGAAAAUAAAAUAUAUAAAUAGUGAAAUACAUAAUACAUAUAUUUAUUUAACCUUUAACAAGACUGUUUAAAGUAUUUUCACAUACUUUUUGAUUACAAUAGUAUUCCAAUUUUUAAAAUAGAUAUAUGAAAAACAUUAUAUAAAACUGCUUAUACAUUUUGCUACGCCGAACGCGAAGUAGACAUCGUAUUUUCAAAUUAUUUGUAUGAAAACUUGUAUAAUCUUUCGAUGCGUUCAAAAUUUAUUUCAUUCAAAAAUUCGAUCGUGCGGUGCGUUCGGUGCAAGCAAAUGCGAUUGGCUUAAUUCUAACUUUUAUAUAACAUGUUAUAUAACAUGACAAGCUUUUAUACAUUGUACAAAUAGAAGUGAUUUUUAUGUGUAUUACAAAAUAUAGGAGAUUUUUCUUCUUACGUUAUUAAUUAAUGCAUUUUAGAAUAGUACUUAAUAGUACAUAGUACUAAUAUUAUACAAUACGUCCAAACUUUGAAGGCUUUUAAGGAGAA